AUGGCGUCCACAGACCCGCGCAAGAUUGCGGAGGUCCGUGAUGUCCAUAGACUGGAGAGAAUCGGCGCCCAUUCGCACAUCCGUGGCCUUGGCCUGGAUGAUGCACUGGAUGCGCGCAUGGUCUCGCAGGGCAUGGUCGGCCAAAACGGAGCUAGGCGAGCUGCGGGUGUGAUUUUGUCCAUGAUCCAGGAAGAGAAAAUUGCUGGACGAGCCGUCCUCAUUGCUGGCCAGCCGGGAACUGGCAAGACUGCCAUUGCAAUGGGCAUGGCCAAGGCACUGGGUGACGACACGCCCUUCACCAUGCUAGCGGGAUCGGAGAUCUUCUCACUGGAGAUGUCCAAGACCGAAGCCCUGACACAGGCGUUUCGAAGAUCCAUUGGUGUCCGAAUACGAGAGGAAGCCGAGAUCAUCGAAGGAGAGGUCGUAGAAAUCGAGAUUGAGCGCCCGGCGAAUGGCCAGGCGGCGACCUUCGGUAAGAUGACCUUGAAAACAACCGAGAUGGAGACCAUGUAUGAUCUCGGGCAGAAGAUGAUCGAGACCAUUCAGAAGGAGCAGAUCCAGGCCGGGGACAUCAUCACAAUUGAUAAGUCCUCUGGCAAGAUCUCUCUUCUAGGUCGAUCUUUUGCAAGGUCCCGCGACUACGAUGCCAUGGGUCCACAGACUCGCUUCGUGCAGUGCCCCGAAGGUGAGCUUCAGAAGCGAAAGGAGGUGGUACACACCGUGAACCUGCAUGAGAUUGAUGUCAUCAACAGCCGGCAGCAGGGCUUCCUGGCCCUCUUCGCCGGUGACACGGGCGAGAUCAAGCACGAGGUUCGGGAGCAGAUAGAUGCCAAGGUCGCCGAGUGGCGCGAGGAGGGCAAGGCAGACAUUGUGCCAGGAGUGCUCUUCAUCGACGAGGUGCACAUGCUGGACAUCGAGUGCUUCUCCUUCCUGAAUAGAGCGCUGGAGGUCCACCCCAUGGGCUUUGCCUUCCUGAUCGUGGAUACCGCACUCUUCACGCGCUAUGAAGGGUCUCAUGUCGUGGCAGAGCUGGCCGUGUACAUGUUGGUGACAGCUGUGGCGAUUGCAGCAUGCCGCGCAGCAGCAACGGCCAUGGGAAGAGCGCUAUCAACAAAGGAGGCUCUGGCCGCCCCUCGAAACCUUCGAAAGUUCUCCGACCAGUCCUGGCAGCUUGUUGUACACGUGCUGAUGACCGCCUACGAAGUCCUGUUAUUCCAAAGGAAUGGCUGGGAGUGGUGGACGGACACAACGACUCUCUGGGACCGUCCCUGGCAAGAUAGUGGCGAGUGUCCGCCAGAUCUCCGCACGUUGUACAUCGCACAGCUGGCCAUCUGGUUUGUCACAGCCUUUUCGCACAAGUUUGUGGAAGCCAAGCACAACGACUACUUCGUGAUGUACGGGCAUCAUGUUGCCACCCUGGGCUUGGUCUCUCUCUCCUACUUCAACGGCUGGCAGCCAAUUGGCCUUAGCACGCUUUUCGUCCACGAUUCCUCGGACAUCAUUGUUGACCUGUUGAAAAUGGUGAACUACCUCGGGUAUGACUCGAAGAGCGGGCUUUUCCUUGCAGAGGGCUUCUUUGCUGUCAACUUGGUCACCUGGUUCCUGAUGCGUACUUACUUCUUCAUUCUGAAGGUCAUCAGGUCAACAAUCCCGAAGGAUUACUUCGCACCAGGGUGGGGCGACUAUGACCGCAGCGCACCCCUGGUCAGCCCUCAAAAUGCUUGCCGGCUGCUGCUCAUCGUCCUUGGCCUGAUGCAUGUGUAUUGGUACUGCCUCUUCUGGCGGAUCCUGGUUCGACUACUACGAGGCUCUGCAGGUCAUGAGGCCGGCAGAGAAUACGAGGGCAGCUCGGACUCCGAGCCCGAGGAGACAAACGGCGCGAAGGCGAACGGCAAGAAGGACUGA